AUGUCUUCCAACAAUGACAGUAUGAUGACCAGGUUCCUAUUUGCGAUAUUGAAGCAGAAGAACCUCAAGGAUAUUAAUUGGGACGCGGUUGCUAAAGACGAAAUUCUACCCCAACCAAUUUCCAAUGGCCAUGCCGCUCGUAUGAGAUACUCACGUUUUAAAACCGCUAUGCUAGGCAAUGAGCCCACCAGACGAAAUCGAACGGGGCAGGGGAAAGGUCGAGUCACAAAGUCGAAGAAGGAUCCGAAAGGGAAGAAGGACGAGCUUGUCAAGCUAGAAUCUGCUCUAGAAUCACUCCCAGAAUCUUCGGUUACACCAGAGCCAUCUGAUAUGCCUGCUCCCGAGAUCAAACAAGAGAGCACCCCCUACAGCUUUGAUGAUCGGUUCACUCCUCGUCUCACUCCGGGGCCAUCUGUCCCAAUUCCAGCUACUGCAGUUUCGAGCAACCAUGGCGUGAUUCAACCUCGAUUUCUUACACCGGGCAGUGAUAGCGACUUUUUCUCUCCACCUCCAACUUUCACAUCUAGCCCCGCCAGUGAGUUGGUCACUUCUCAGAAUUCAUUUAGCUUCCGCGAUUCCCCGUGCCCUGACCACUCCGACCCGAUGUGGCCGAGUGUUCCACACUAUUCCGCCUUCGGAGCAGGUUCUUCAUUUGAUGAAUUCAGAGCCAGCCCUUGCGAGCCACCCCACGUGCAUUCUCAUCCGCACAUGCUUCCGUUUCGGACGGUUGAAUGCGAUGACGAUUACGUCCAUGUGAAGCACGAAUGGGACGAGUACUCUUGA